CGGUCGCUGCUCUCUCCCGUCCCUGGGCAACAACAGAACAGAGCCACAGACCUAUCCACUCCUCCAUGCAGCACCGCGGCUAACUUCCCAGCCACUACUUGCGCCAUCCCCACGCGCCGCUCAACCCAAAACCACCGCCCCCGUCGAAUUCGCAAAAACCCCGACGAGCCACCGCCACGCGACGCCUUUCCCCCCGCUCCGCCGCCCGCCCCGCCGCGCGAGGCCGGGCCCGUGACACGGCGCGCGCCGUCCGUACCAUGCCGUGACGCCCGGACCCGCCCGCCCACCGAACCGGCCCACAUGCACUUCCCCUCGCCGCGCGCGCACGCCAUGGCCGCGCCGGCCCUCGCCCGCCCUUGUAUCCUCCCCGGUGCUCACCUCGCCUCGACCUCUUGCCUGCUGGUUCUCCGGGUCCGGGGGCGCGAGCUCGGGCACGGCCGAGCGGUGGCGGCGGUGAGGGCGCGCGAGCACGGCGCCGCGCCGCCCGACCCGGCGGCCAUCCUGCGGCGGCCGGAGGUGGCGACGACGACGUCGGCGGAGGAAGAGAGGGACAUCGACGCAGGCUCUUCGUUGGAUAGGCCGGUGGAGGAGGAGGUGCCCGAGGAGGAAGGGGUUCAGGGCAGGGGGAAGGCGCCGGAGAGGGAGUGGGUCGACUGGGAGGACCUUAUCCUCGAGGACACCGUGCCGCUCGUUGGCUUCGUCCGGAUGAUCCUCCACUCCGGCAAGUAUGAAAGCGGCGAUCGGUUGAGUCCUGAACAUGAGAAGGCGAUCCUGGAAAGGUUGCUUCCAUACCAUCCACAAUAUGAGAAGAAAAUUGGAUGUGGUAUUGACUACAUCACGGUAGGAUUACAUCCAGAAUUCGAAAACUCAAGGUGUUUAUUCAUAGUUAGGAAGGAUGGUGAGCAAGUUGAUUUUUCUUUCUGGAAGUGCGUCAAAGGUCUCAUCCGACAAAAGUACCCCAUGUAUGCGGACAGUUUCAUUCUCAGGCAUUUCCGCAGGAGACAAGAUUACUGAAGUAGAUGGUCGCAUGAUUGUUUCCGUGUAACAUUUCUGUGAUAUUGAUUUUGUCCACAUGGCUUUAAUAUCCUGCGAUUUUGCAUUUGUUGAAAUCCAUGUGGAGUGGUAGGUUCCAAAGAAGUAAAGAUCGCUUGCAGAUGGAAUUUUGGUGCUCCACUUGUUGGUA